GCCAUGUAUAUCCCAUAUCCUUCAGUAUUCUGUUAGCUUUCCUUCUCGCCUCCACUCCUAAGACCAUGGCCUUGGCGUUUGCUGGAAAAGCUGUGGCUGCCUCAGCCAUCUCCACAAUAGUUCGCAAGUCUUUUAACUACUUGGAGAAGUACAGGAAGGCGGAGGGGAUGAAAUCGGUGAAGGAGAGGCUGGAGAGGACUCUCCCACAAGUUCAAGUGGUCUUUGAUGCUGUUGAUACAGAGCGGAUUAGGGACCAGAGCGAGGCACUUGAUGCAUGGCUUUGGCAGCUUAGGGAUGCUGUUGAGGAGGCUGAGGAUGUGCUUGAUGAAGUGGAGUACUACAAACUUGAGAAGAAGGUAAAAUCUGGAGGUAAUAUGGUGACCAGCUCUCUGUAUAAGUGCAAGAGGCUGUUUAUCCAACAUUUCAAUACUACUUUUAAAGUCGGCACAUUUAAAAGGAUGGCAGAUGCCAUGAAGAAACUUGAUGAGGUUUCUGUUGGUGUGGAGCGUUUCAUCCUACUUGUCGACCACCUUGAUUCUAGUAGUUUCAAGCACAUAUGCCAUCAGGAUGUUGUUAAUCCUCGUGAGACAAGCUCCUUUUUGAUUGAGGAAACUAUAAUUGGCCGUGAUACCGAGCGGGAUCAGAUAGUUGAGUGGUUAAUUGAGCAACGGGGUGAUAAUCAAAACCCUGAGGUUUGCAAUGUUAUUCUUUUUGGUUUAGUGGGUAUAGGCGGCAUGGGCAAGACUACACUUGCGCAGGCUGUCUACAAUGACCAAAAAGUGAAGCAGUUCUUUGAUCACACUAUGUGGGUGUGUGUGUCCAAUGACUUUGAUGUCCCAGCUCUGACAAGAAAGAUAAUACAAGAAAUUACUGGGCGAGGUACUGAUGUCACUUGUCUGAAUACACUUCAAAAGAUCCUUAGUGAGAAUCUCAGCUCAAAGAAAUUUUUGCUUGUAUUUGACGAUGUAUGGAACGAUGAGAGAAGAACUGACUGGGAGAAAUUAGUAGCUCCACUAAAAUUAGGUCAGAAGGGAAGCAAGAUCUUAUUGACAACUCGUAUGCAAUCAGUGGUGGACAUUGCUGAGAGAGUGUUAGGAGGAAUAGCCAAGUGUAUGAGGUUGGAGGGGCUGCAGGAGAAUGAUCUGUUGGAACUUUUCAAUAAGCAUGCCUAUUUUGGGGUGGAUCCUAACAAUUAUCUUAACUUGCAAGAGAUUGGCAAUCAUAUUAUUAAAAAGUUGAGUGGAAGCCCAUUAGCUGCAAAAGUCAUGGGUGGGCUGUUGAACAAUUCUUUGGAUACCUUAUAUUGGAGCAGAAUGCUGAGAGAAAAAAUCUCUAAUAUUGAGCAUGGAAAUGAAGGUGUUAUGAAGGUUUUAAGAUUGAGUUAUCACCAUCUGUCUCCACAGCUGAAAGCAUGCUUCCGGUAUUGCAGUAUGUUCAGAGAAGAUUACGAAUUUAGAAAGGAGGAGCUGGUUGACUUAUGGAUGGCUUCAGGGCUGAUUCAGCCAGACGUCGAUGAAAACCACAGGCCAGAAGAUGUUGGAGAGUAUUAUUUGGGUAUACUCACAAAAAAGUCUUUCUUUGAACUGAGAUCAAAUAUGUCAAUACAUCGGUAUGAUGGCACAACCACAAUCGGGGAGUUUUCUGAUGAAUACUAUGUGCUACAUGAUCUAUUGCAUGAGCUAGCGCGUACAGUCUCCAUAAAGGAAUGUGUUAGAAUUUCCAGCGAUGUUUGUGGCACUAUUCCAGAAGCUGUUCGCCAUGCAACAAUUAUAAUUCGAAAUUGUACAGUGAUAUCAGAUUUUUCUACAUUAAAGAAACUGCGAACCCUGCGCAUAUACUUUGAUGGAACUAUAAAUCAAAGAGAUCAAUGGACUGUGCUUAAAAAUGUGCUAAAUGCAACAACCAAAUUACGGGUUUUCCACGUAAAGAAUUGCUCACUUCGGAAGCUUCCUGAUGCUUUUGGCAGUUUGUUGCACCUACGGUACUUGUGUCAUUCCUCUGUUAAUGCGUGGAUGAAAAGCAAAAAAUGGCCCAUUUGGUUCCCUUCUUCUAUAUACAAGUUACAUCAUCUCCAAAUGUUAGAAUUGACUAGAUGUUUAUUGGUAUCCUGGCGACUUGGAAAUUUUGUUUGUCUAAGACAUCUAUACUAUUCUGGUUUUGUAAUUGGUUUACCCCCUUAUGUUGGACGGUUGACUUCUCUUCAAGAUGUUCAUCAUAUUUGUGUUCCACAUCGGCAUGGUUUGUUCCCAAGUGAGAUUCAGAAUCUAAAAGAUCUCCGUCAUCUGGAAAUUUCUGGUCUUCAAAAUGUCAACGCGGAAGAAGCUGUUUUGACUAAGCUAAGUGAAAAGAAAAAUCUUAAUUUCUUGUCACUCAGUUGGCAGAGUGACCAAAGUGAAGCAGAUAUCGAUGAAAGAGUUCUCAAUGACCUUCAGCCUCACGCGAAUCUUGCCAAGCUGAAGAUUACUGGAUAUAAUGGUUCUAGAUCUCCAUUUUGGAUGGAAAACCCAAUUCUCACCAAUGUGACAUAUAUUUCCCUCUCUUCUUGUAAUCAGUGGCAACAUCUUCCGCCCCUUGGCAGACUACCUUCACUCAAGUAUCUCUAUUUAAGAGACAUGGGUUCUGUGAAAAAAAUAAAUAAUUCCUUUUACGGAUGUUAUAACCAUUUUGGCUUCCAAUCUCUUAAGUUACUGCAUAUUGAAGACCUUCCAGCACUAGAUGAGUGGGUUGAAAUUGAGGACAAUCUGUUUCCCCAGCUUGAGGUGCUUGUAAUCAGGUACUGCAGAGCAUUGAGAAAUGCACCGACACUACCAUCUACUCUUGCUUACUUCGAACUAGAUGAUGUUGGUUUAACUACUUUACCUGCAACACAUUGGACUAGUGAAACAACACUGCUGCCAAAAUCAUCACUUGUCAAGUUGAAAAUCUCUCACUGUCCAAACUUAGCUACACUGGAGCUAAAGUACUGUUUUGAGGAUCUGGAGGAGCUUCGUAUUAGAGGUUGCAAAAAUAUGUUGCAUUUGCGAAUGGAUCAAUUGCAUAGACUCCCAUUUCUUAAAACUUUCUCUGUGAAGGAUUGCCCAAAUCUGAUUGCUAUACAGGAAGAAAUGAGUUCACCAUCGUCCAUAAAAAAUCUUUAUAUUGAUUCAUGUGCUGCUUAUGGGACCUCUUUGACAAACUCCCUUUGCAGUUUCACUUCCCUUACUACUCUGUCAUUACGUGAUUGUGCAAUGUCAGCCCUUCCUUCAGCAGAAGUGUUUAGGAAUCUGACAACGGUGCAGCAUUUGGAAAUUGUGAACUGCACUGAACUAAUUGUUUUAGAUGGAAUAGAAGAACUCAGACACCUGAGAGAGUUGAACAUUAAUGGAUGUCACAAGCUUGACAAGCAUCUCGGCAGUCUGUCUCAGGAAACGUUUCAAGCCUCUGAUCUCAACCAAGUUUCUUCUGUCUGUCCUUCCUACCUUGGCAAAUUAGAGAAACUGAGAAUCAGCAGUCCUUUUCUCUUGCAGUGGGAGCCGUUGGGAAGAGUCAACUCAAUUACUUAUUUGACUAUUGACAAAAGCCAUAGAUGUUUGCCUGAGGAGUGGUUGAUGCAAAACCGCAACCAUCUUAAACACCUUGGGGUGCUUAAUGCUACUCAUCUGGAGUUUCUACCUUCAACCAUGGCAAGCUUUACUUCACUGGAAACUUUGUCAAUUCACAGAGCUGUCCUACUUCAGUCACUUCCAGAGCUGCCUGCCUGUUUAAAGGUUCUACAAAUCUUUGAGUGUCACCCUGUGCUGGAGAGAAGAUGCCGGAAAAGAAGAGGUUGUGACUGGCAAAAGAUUGCACGAAUACCGAAUUUGAAGAUUGUGCAGGACAUUCCUUCACAAUACACACUCCAUUACUACCGUAGUUCCUAUCGUUUCUUUUGAACCAUGUGCUAUAUAUAUGUACAUUCAACUCAAUCAUAGUUUGGACUCUAUUUCUUGGAGGAAAUCAGUUACACAGAAGAGUUGAAGGUUCCCCGAUAGACAUUCUUUGAUUCAGAAAUUUGCUUGAGCUUCCAACUGAGGGUGGCGUCUUGACUAAGAACUUGCUAAAAAUUGGGUGCGCUCUUUAGUCUAAACUUUAAAGUUUACACUUACUAAAUAAAAAAAAGCAUCUGACGGCCAAAGCCAUCAGCUGAAGAUGCCGGUGAGAAGUCCAAGUGCUGAACGCUGAAAGAAACCUGUUAAUGAAUCAUGAUAGACCUGAUCAACCUUUUUGCUCAGCCGUUGCAAGAUUAAUGGACCAUUCUUGUAGUGAAUGUCAGAGGUGCAUCCUGCAUGAUCAUUGCCACAUAUUUAAUUGGUGCAUGCAUGCAAGACAGGUCAUGUUUACUGUGAGUCCUUUGUAAUGUUUAAUAUGUCUGCAAUACAGAUUUUUUUUUGGCUUAAAGAACAGAGUGAGUACUUGCUUUCUGAAACAAAUAGAUUUGGAUUCGCAUCAUUCGAGAGUCAGGGUUCUAUACAUAUUGUUUGGCCGCAUGUGAAUGUGCUCUUGAUUGUAUAAUUGCCUACUGAGUGUUUUUUAGGUACGGUAACGGUUUCCCUCCGUCCUGGGCGGCUCUCCCUUGGUGUUUCUCCCUAUUUAGCAAAAAAAACAUUAAUCA